AUGCCAGUCCCGUUCCAUGACCCAUUACCUUUGAAGGAUUCCCGCCCUCCGUUCCAUCCUCCUGUUCGCUCAAAGACUCUUCCAAUCUUUAGACCAUCGUCGACAAACAGUGAAGGUGGCGUUGAAGAUCUAGGAGGGUUCAACGGAACACUCCCUACAUCAACGUCUCCAUCUACACCGCAACCGCAACCACAACCACACCAACAUUCCUCAUCAUUACAUCCUCCCGCAUCUACAGUAUCCUUUCAAACACUUUCGAACUCAGCUACUCCAAAUAUUCUGCCCAGCAACAACAAUGGUUCACGAGCUGGUGAACCCCUUGUUGACGAUGAUACCCCCCGACCACAAUUCCGCCAUUGGAGGCCUCAUUCUACAUCUUCGUUCCCUCCGGUACAUAAAUUUACACUUGCCGGUAUCCUACAUUCUAGCAUUCCCAGCCACCACCCCAACGGGGGUGGCUACACAAACGACUCAAAUAACGAUGAGCCAAAAACAAUACUUCCACCAUACAUAAGUCCCGCGGACAGUCCAGACCGUCCAUCUACCCCUCUCCCUGGUGCCAGUGGCCUGAGGGCUGUUCUGAGAGCUAACUCGACCGUCGAUAAUACAAUUAACUGGGAUGAGAAACUCAGAACUUCGAGCCCUGAAAACUAUUUGAGAGCCACAUCUCCUAUCAAGGAGGGCCAGGUCUCUAUAGAUUCCGAACUACAUAUAAGUUGUGAAGAUGACAUCGCAAAAGGGCCCAUCGAACGAUCUUCCUCUAUUUCUGCCGUAAUGGCCACUGAAAGCAAUUCCCGCAGUAGGAAAGCAACACAAAGACUUGGAUUGUUCAGAGAAAACGAGCAGGCUAUUGAAGAACGAGGGAGAGAAAAGCAGCGUCGAGAGGAAAAGGAGCGAGAGAAGGAAAAGGAACGACAGGAGAAACAGCGAGCCAAAGAGGUCGAAAGAGAGGAAAGAAAGAAGGCGGCGGCGGCAGCCGAGGGAAAUGAGCAAAAUCCUUGUGUUGCUUUGGUUUCAGAAACUGAAGAAAAUGAAAGCAAAUUACCGCAAGAUUCUCUCUCUAAUUCUCUCUCAGUUACACAUACGAAAGACGAUAGAUAUUUUCCAUCAUCUUGUGAUGAGCUCUCCGUUCCUAAAGCUGUCCCUGGUGAUACGCCUUCUUCGGCAUCUCAUUUUGUGUCUCGCGCCCCAGAAGAUGUUGCCUCAGUGGCUUCCAUCUAUAUCAAUAGAUCAGAGCUUGAACCACCGCCCCAACCAAACCAAAGGAUCAUUCCCAAUAUUCAUAACCCAACAAAUAUCGCCGUUAGCACUUCCGAAUUUCCAACCUCAAACUUGGUUGAAGGGCAAUUAGGCUGUCACGAGCUAUCGGUUGAUAUUUCCAGAAAACAAACAGCAAAUGAUCGGGUUGAUCAGGUGGAAGAUGAAGAAGAUGAGGAUGAAGAGUCCGAUAAAGAUGAGAUAUCCUCAGCACUUUACUUUCCACAUCCGACGCCGUCAGUUCUUCCAGAUCCUACGACAACCCAAAAUAAAUCAGCCUCGGCAAUCGGCCUGCAUAGUCAACCGAUGCGGAAAGAUCCGUCUACUACCGAUGUUACACGGGAUGACAUUCUUCCACCUCCUGGUAAAACAGGGCCGGAAUUUGAUUUGUCUAUUCAGUCUGGAGACGAGGAGUUUCACUAUCACGCAGAAAGACGAAAUCGUGUAAAUCCCGACGACGAUUACAGUAGUUAUCACUCUAAUAAUGAAGGUUAUUCAUCCGCAGCAUCCGGGUUUUCGGAGCUUUCAGAUAGCAACGAUGAUUCGUCGGGAAACGAAAAUGGUCAAGAUGGAUCCGAAAUAGACACAACUCCAACUGCUACUCCCAUCCCCCGAAAUCUGAAGCCGGAUCGUUCCCACGGUCAGUCUGCGAAUAAAUCACAUUCCAACGCGUUAGCCCAGACAACCCCCCAGGUACCACUCGGUGCUGUGGAACUCAAACCUUACAAUCAUCAGGUCGGAGGUCAUACUGCACUGUUCAGGUUUUCUCGGAGGGCUGUUUGUAAGAGCCUGAGCAACAAAGAGAACGAGUUUUACGAGGCUGUGGAGAAGAGGCAUCCGGAGCUAUUGGGGUUUUUGCCAAAGUAUAUUGGGGUAUUGAAUGUCACCUUCCGGAAAGCACCUAAGAAGAAAAAGAAGAAGGAGAUUGAGAAUACCUCUGGAGAAGCGCCUACUGGGGCCGAGGCAGCCGCCGUUACCCCCGUUUCUAGUGGGACUACUAAUACAAAAACUACACCGGCGGAUUCCGAGUUUUCUAAAGAACCCAACUUCGUGACAGCAUCAGAAAGCGGGCAAGGAAAUCCCUUGUUUCCUUUACCACAAGUAGUUUUUGAGAAUAACAGGCAUAUCAUUCCUGAGAACUUGUUCAGACUUUCUACCAGUGCUUCCUCCCACUCUUCCAAAUCAUCUGUAAAUAGCGAGAAAGAUUCUGGUAUUGGGAAUGGAGUAGAGCAUGGUAGCGUCGGCUCUGAAACUGGUAGGACUGAGAUCAAUGGGACACAUACAGGAGACGAUACUAGUCCAAAAAUCACUCCUAAAAGCCCUAGUUGGGGAGCCACUUCUUACAUCACCAUCGUCCACAUUCCCGGUCACGUUCCCGAUCCCAUCACACAAAUCAUCACCAUCGACACCAGCAUGAUGAAAAAUGUGCUGCAGGCGAAUCUUCAAGCUGUAGCAGAGGCUUCAGAAGAAGCAGCACCGACCUUUCUCAUUCUUACGGGAAUACACCUGAAGAUCGACGCAUCAAAUUUCUUCGAGAUGAUGGUGACAGAAACAACUGCCUCCCCAGAUAUGUCUACUUUUAGCGUUGAUCGUGGACUAGGAACUAAGCUGGCUAGAAGGCAGUCAAGUGGGAGUAUGCGCAGACGGACAAAGAAAAGGCCAUCUUUGAGUCCACAUAACUUUGGCGCGGAGGACGAUGGUUACGGAGGCGAUCGGGAAGAUGAGGUUUUCAAAAUGGAUGAGGAUGAUAUCAUUCCAGGGAAAAAAUCAUGGGCAGAAAAAUGCAUGUCACGAAGGUCUUCUCCAACUACUGAGGUCCAAACUGCUUCAGCCCAAGGACUGCCAACAACCUCCCUUCCUCCCCCUGCAAUCUCUCUAAGUCACACACCAGAUAGCCCGUCACCGCCAUCGAUACCGUCGCCACCACCGCCACCACCUACAGAACAGCCCACAGAGCGACCGACAGAUCAGCCGGCGGAUCAGCCGACAGAACGCGUUGAGCACUUUCUUCUCCUCGAAGAUCUCACGGCAGGUAUGAAACGGCCGUGUGUUCUUGAUCUUAAGAUGGGAACUCGUCAAUACGGGAUCGAAGCCAAUGAGAAGAAGCGCCAGUCUCAGGCCAAUAAAUGUGCACUCACUACCUCCCGAGACCUUGGAGUGAGGCUUUGUGGGAUGCAAGUCUGGAAUGCCAAAAGUAGUACUUAUACCUUCGAAGAUAAGUACUUUGGGCGAGAUCUCAAGGCAGGGCGUGAAUUUCAAAGUGCCCUUACCCGAUUCUUGCAUGACGGGAAGGCUGAGCAAUCUGUCCUGAGACAUAUUCCUACAAUUUUGGAAAAGCUCCACGCUUUGGAGGUUAUGAUCAAACGCUUGCCUGGGUAUAGAUUUUACGCAAGUAGCUUACUCAUGCUGUAUGAUGGGAUGGACCAUGAUCGGCAAAUCGACCUGAAAAUUGUGGAUUUUGCAAAUUGUGUGACAGCGGAAGAUCCUUUACCACCUUUCGCGACCUGCCCACCAAAGGAUCGUACCGGUAUCGACAGAGGCUAUCUCAGAGGGUUGAGGACUUUGCAAAGAUAUAUCCAAAGUAUUUGGAGGGAUGCAAGAGGUGAAGAAUGGGUUGAAAGAGGAGAGGAGGGGCAUGGCGGAGGACACCAGCGAGACGAAAUAAGCUCAGGUUGGGAUAUGAUGGAAGAUCUAGGGGAGGUAUCUACAUGA